AUGACUGUCGAUAACACGAGAACUCCCACCAUAUCUCUAUUUUCUUCUGAUCCGAAUGAGACAUUCGAACCAUUCGCACUCGUGAUCGAUCAGUCAGCGGUCCAUGCUGGACGUCUCCUAUUCAAGGUCCAACCAUUCAGCGUAGUCGCUGAGUUGGUGAUUGAAAAAUCUGCCAGUCAUUCAAUACAGCUACGAUUUGCCGACUCACUAGCAGCAGCUGCAUGCAAUGUACUCAACAAAGAUAGCCACGGGUUUGCAUGCUCCAUUUACAACUCACUCUCGUUAGUUUGGUUGAGUUGUAGUCGUGUUCGAUUACGAGCAAAAGAAACACGACUACUGGAUGCUUUGCGAUCUCGAAAUAUAAAGAAAAUUUGUCCGCUUUGUGAUCUUCACAUACCGUAUCUUUUGGCUGUCAUUGCUGGAGAGGCCGAAUUCGUCAAGGUCCCACAAGCACCCAGCGACGGCGAUGUGGAUAAUAUAGGCGAUUCUUGUGAGCGAGAAAUCGACGCCACGGAUCCGUUGCAUCCAUCAUCAAAUGAGCUCAGCGGUGCUAAGCUGCUUCUUCGCCGAGCAAUCAAGGAGGUGUCACCAGAUCUUCAACCGACAGUUCCUGGACAAGUGCUACGAAACCAUAAGGGCGUCAUGACUACUCAUGGACCGAAGAGAGGGCGCAGCAGUGAACCUCGAUUAGAUACCGCCGCUUCUCAGAAUACGUUUGUGAUUGAGACGGAACGACGAAGACCUUUGGUACUUCCCGUGGGAUUGGCUGACGGGGCGGUCGAAUACAAAAAAGCUCAAGAGGCCAUGCAAAAGGCAAAAGAAGAGGAAGAGAAACGACUACAGCGGGAACAAGCUGAAAGAGAAGCUGCCGAAGCCAAGGAACGAGAGCGACUACGCACUUAUCGACCGCAUGCCUCUGCGAAAAAACAACCGACGAUGAGGAAAGAAGCAACCAUAUCAGGUGAAAGCUUAUCGAGCCAGGAAUCCAAUAAAACAACUGGAAAACGUUCACCGUUGCGGAAUAAAUCCCUUGUUGCUGGCGGCGAUAACUCAUCUACAAACAUAACUUCGCCAACACCAGUGAAUGAAACUCCCGAGCCACAACCAUUUGAAGUUGAAGAUGAGAGCCACCUUGACUAUACGGCGGUGUUCGGAGCUAGACCAAAGAUUGCUCGGACUCCGGAUCACAUCGUCAACCGCUCUGCUUACUAUCAGUAG